AUGUCCGCCAUCGCAGCCAAAAUCCUGGGCAAGCACCACGAGCACGUCUACCGCGAGGUGGGCCACCGCCACCGCCUGUCCUACGCCGACCUCGACGCCCUCCUCGACCGCGAGGAGAAGCAGCUCGCCGCCGACCACCAGCGCCAGCGGGCUCAGCUCACGACCGCCGCCGCCACCACCACCGCCGCCGUCGACACCAACGACUCACUCGUCGGCGAUCAUGAUCACCCGAAGCGCAGCUCGAGCUCGAGCAUUGAGAGCAGCUCGUCGGGGAGCGAGGAUGAGGCCGACUGGCACGCCGGCGGGGAGCACGAGGAGGACCUGCUGCUCGAACUCGAGGAGACCACCCAGGAGAGCAUCCUAACCGUCACCGGCGCCGAAGACCAUCUCGUCCAUGACAUCGACCACAUUGUUCAUGUGGACAUCACGGACGAACAGCUGGAGCGGAUGAAGCGGCUGCUGCACGUGAACUGCCUGCACCGCGGCGACAUCGAGCGCGUGCGCGGCAAGCGGUGGAUGGUGGCGGUCGACGGGUCGGAGGCGUCGAAGCGGGCCUACGAGGGCGUGCUGCGGCUGAUGGACCCGGCGCUGGACCACCUCCUGGUGGUGACGGUGUGCGACAAGAACCUCCCGCGCCGAUUCGCCCUUUGUCCGAGCGAGGAGACUCAGCUCCGCUUCGAGCUGUGGAAGGCCGCGCGCCACAUCCUCAAGCCCUACAUCGACGAGCUCCCCAAUCGCCUGGCGCCGAACCAGUACACCGUGAUGGUGCCGAGCGCGUGGGACGCCAGGCGCAUGCUGUGCAACCUGUGCAAGCGAUACAACACCGACACGCUGUGCGUGGGCAAGCACGGCAAGGGCGAGCACAACCACCAUCACCACCACCUCCGCUCGCUCCACUCCUACACCCAGAAGCACGCUGGGUGCCACGUCAUCGUCUUCUGA